AUGGCGCCAGCACCCAACGAUCCACACAACACCCUCUGCGGCACCUUCCAGAACUUCCAACAGCGACCGAGCGAUGAUCACUACCGAUCGAUCUAUUUCCCGCCUAAUGAGACGCGCCCUCGCUUUAUAUGGCUGCUUUGGACAGGCACUCGGGGAGGUCAAUUUCCCGACAGCGAUGACCUUGCACGUUACGUUGCUGGGCAAGCCUCAGGUCGUCUCAGGCUCGAGGAAUACCAUGGACCCAAUCGGUCGUACUCAAACUUCGUAGUCAUACAGCAUGACGACAACAUGUUCAGCAAUCGUCAGCCCGCAAACCGGUGCCUUUUGCGCAUGAUCGGUGCUGAGGCUGAUCGUUGGCUUGGAGACUAUGUAGCCCACGGAUACAAAUAUCUCUACAGCGACGAUCCGGACGCAUAUGACGCAGCAGACCAAGAUCUGGUCACCGAUGAUUUCCCGUUGAUUGCUCUCGAUCUGGACACGACGUCUUUGGGGCCCAUCGUUGCGUACUUGAAAUGGCGUGCACAGACCGAGCUACAUGCCUUUCCAUUUUGA